AUGAGUUAUAGGGCCCGAUUAGAGGAGAUAAGAUCACACCAACAACAAGAUGAGAUCGACGCCAUCGAAAGGAAGCGUAAAGCUGUUCAGGACAGAAUCCACUCCCCUAUCGUUUGGGGAACGUGGCCCGAUGGUAUUAAAAUCCAAGACUUGGCUCCAGACUUAUAUGGCAAAGUUAUCGACGUAAUUAAGGAUUCUUAUAUUCCAAAUGAAGUGCUUCCCAGAAAUGCGAACAUAAAAAACGAACCUGAUUCAUUGGAGUCAUAUUUGUAUUUGGUGCAUUAUAAUUUAAGAGACAGAAAGUCAAUCAUUGCAAUUGAUGAAAGUGUAUCCGAAGCAGAAAUUGAAAAUGACAUCCCCAACGAAGAUGUUGAAACAGAAGAAACGGAAGCUGAAGAUGUAGAGAAUGAUAAUCCAGAUAGUGAAGAUGAAGAUGAAGCAGAAAAUAUAGAUGCAGACUCCAAGAAUAUAGACAGUACAUACUCAGACGCCAAAGAGAUGGAAAGGGGAAAGAAAACUGGUGAGGAAAAAGGUGUAAAAAUAGCAGGGUUCAUAAUAAUCAGGGAAGUGGCUAAAGCACAGUAUACAAGGAUAUUCAAUCGAGUUCAGCCAGUUAAAGGUGAAGGACAGGUGAAGAUCAACAAAUACAUGGAAGCAUUGAACAGAAGUGUGGAUAUUUAUAGUCAAUUCAAUUGUGAUACCUAUCUAGAGUAUUACAUGGUGUAUAUAAUGCCUAAUUAUAGAAAGACAGUUGUGGGUAAUAGAUUGUUUGAAACUGGAUUUGAAGUUGCCCGAACAUUAAACAUGAAGGUGGUUAUGGGUAUAUUCGAUAACAGUUACAUUCAAAAAUUGGCAGCACGAUAUGAUAUGAUCAAAUGUAAUGAAAUCUUAUAUACAAGAUGGACUACUCCAUUAGGGCAACCAAUUUUUUGCGACCCCGGUCCUGGGAAUUACAGUGCUGUCGUAAUGGUUGGAAAAGUACCUAAACUUGAAGAAGACGAUGAGGGGUCAACAAAUUUGGCGGAUGUACAAUCGGAAUCGCAAAGAAAGUUGAGUAAACAAGACAGAAAGGAAACUAAAAGUUCUAUAACUUUUGUGAUAGAUUAAUAUAAAAAUUAAUCAUUAAAUUAUAUGUAAAUUUAUACGAA